AUGGCCAGGUUCCAAAGUGUCCCCACAUUUGGCUUGACUAUCCAAAUGUUUUCAUAUGAUGUUGCAAGUAUGGGACAAUUGGCAGCACGCAAUUUUGAGGAUAUUCUUCAGUGCUGUCUUCCCGUAUUUGAAGGACUGCUUCCUGCUCAAUGCAACGCCCAAGUGCAAAGACUUGUAUUCAUUUUUGCACAAUGGCAUGGCCUUGCAAAACUUUGUUGUCAUACCACAGAAACCCUGGGAAUCAUGAAGAAACUCACUGCAAAGCUUGGCUCUGAGCUUUGCAGCUUUGCUGAAUUGACAAACACUAUGAACGUCAGUGAAACACUGGACAAGUAUGCGCGCCAAAAGAAGCAGCAAGCAGCGGCCCAGGCUCUACGCUCCACACAGACCACUGGAUUGAAAGCACAAUCAAAGGCCAUAGCUCACCCACAAAUGCCAGAUGGUCGACGCAAAUGCCUUUUCAACAUCAACACUUACAAGGUACACGCAAUUGGUCAUUAUGUCCACACAAUUACAGAAUUUGGGACUACGGAUUCAUAUUCAACUCAAAUUUGUGAACUUCAACAUUGCUUUGUCAAGAACCAGUUUGAGCGCACCAACAAGAAGGAUGUGGUCCAACAGAUGACGCAAAUUGGGGACGUAGCCAGUGUCCUCAAAAGAAUGGACCUGGAACUUGAACAACGGCAGGUGCAACUACAAUCACAAGACAACAAGUGUGAAACGGCUCAGCUUGACACCAAAGCACUUCAAUUGCUCCUUAACGGGCAACCAUACACCAUUGGACUGACCAAGCGCUCUGAGGACAUGAUUGCAAGUAUUAUACGCUGGGUUCACGGACAACAACACGAUGAUGCUAUGAAGUUUUUUAUUCCGCAGCUCAAACGGUUUUUUCUAGCUUGUUUUCUAGGAAGUCGCAAUCAUCCAAAGUUUAAUGAGCAAGAAAUAGCGGAAAUCAGAUUUCAUCAAGACCACACGGCGCGCCAGGGUGGCUGGGACGCGUAUUGGUUGGAUCACAUCAGCUACAAGCCAUGCUGUACGGAUCAAGAUAUACUCGAUUCAUUUGACUUUGUUCAUCCAAGCAAUAUCAUCCGAGCUAUACACUUGAUUCCCGACUUCCAAUCCGGCCCUUCCAAUAAACUACUCAAUUUUGCCAAGUUGAUUGCGCACGAUAGCGAAGAGCACUGGGAUUGGAAACAUUACUACGUCAAUAGAUUUGUUGAUCGGGAUAUAUUGAUGCGUUACUUGGGAGGAGGGAUCGGUCAUUACCGGCACAUCAUUCAUGGCUCGGAGAAUAACCUUGGCUUGGAUCAAAACGAGAGCGAAACAAACGAAGACCCCCUCGACAUGCGAGGGGCGGGCGAAAACACGGAUGUGGAGAGCGAGGACGACGGGAGCGACGUGGAGAGCGGGGAUGAAAGGAGCGACGGGAACGAGUUGAUCUGCCGGGCGCAAGAGCAAGUUAGUGACAAGGAAGAACUGAGCAUGGACGAGGGAAAUUCUGAAUUUGGGGAUGAUGUUUUGGAUAAUGGACUUGAAGGUGACUUUGUAGACGUCGAUGAGGAUGAGUUGCACGGAUUUUGA